AAUUAUGCAACAAAAGAACAUAAAAACUGUACAGUUUAUACAGUAAUACAGUAUAUUAUCAUAUUUAUAAUUGACCACUUCUGAACAGUCAAUUUAGUGUCAAUUUCUCUGAGAAUUAUCAUUGAAUAUUUAUGAUUCCAUGUCAUGCUAAACAAAUAACUGUCGGACAAUAACCAGCUGUUCCGUUGCUGAAACACACUGAAUACAAAGAUCAAACUAUGGCUUCGACUUUAUAUCGCUGGUUUCAUUUUGUGCGAAAUUUUAGACAUUUUCUGUGCCUACUAGGAAUUGUAUUGUCAGUUUAUGCGCUAUAUGUCGAAGUCAAGAAAAUGCAAGAUAAAUCGUUUACCGCAAUGUGCGAUAUCAACGCUAAAAUGAGUUGUUCUAAGGUGUUUUCAUCCAAGUAAGUGAAUAAUUAAAUUCUUAUGUUAUUAAUAAAAUAUAUGUCGAUACUUUCAUAAUUAGGGCAAUUCUUUAAAACUUUUAAAAAUUUAGGUGAAUUUAACAGUGUAUGAUGUGUAUCAUAUUGAAAACAUAAUGUUACAGCUAUUAGCUGAUGUGCACAUUUUAAAUAUUUAAAUGCUGAUGUGUACAUUUACUAUAGCAAUAUACUCCCGCUUGCAAUGAAUAUAUUUCAUGGAUAUUCACGUGGAAACAGCAGCUAGUCAAUUUAAUGACAGGGGUGCUGGGGGCAUUUAAAAAUGGCACUUAUUCCUGAUCCAUAACGUUUGUUAAAAUUUUGCUAUACGUAACUAGAUUACUUGUAGCCAAUAUAGUUCGUUUUGGGCAAUGGGGGCAGCUGACCCCACUGCCCCAUGGCUCCGGCACCCCUGGUCAAUGAACUGGCUGAAAUUGACGGAUUCUUUGUUUGCACCCAUAGGGAAGAAUGUUGAAAAGGUGUGUAAUUAGUCAAAGGCUGUUGUGAAGCGUCUCAAAAGUGACGGGGCCUUGUCAAAUUAGCAUACCCCAUGGGUGGAUUUACCGGGAGGGGGUGUUAGGAGGGGGUAAAACCCCCUAGAAUCUCUCCAACCCCUCUUAUAAAGUGUUCAACCCCACCAAAAUUUUGCUUCACCCCUCCUAUUUCGUGUGAAAAUCUUUAACCCUAAUGUCUAACCCCCGUCGAAGCUCACUUGGUGGUGCCACUUGCACCCAUUAGAACAACGGUUUUCAACUUGGGGGACAUGUCCCCGAGAGGGGACAUUUGGCAAAUUCCUAGGGGACACAAACUGGUCUAGGACUGAGAAAACAAUAGUUGAAUACAAUAGUUUGUACUAUAAACAUGUUUGCUUGACUUUCUAUCUAUUAUUUAAAAUUUAAAUCAUUUACUAUUUUACUGACUAUUUCGAAAUUCGUGUUUUUGAUAGACUUCAAUUUCUGUUCAGGGGACGUGGUAAUUCAAUCAUGUGAAAUCGGGGACACAUGAGAAAACCAGUUGAAAACCGUUGCAUUAGAAGUUUUUCAAAGCCUCCUUUAAACAAUAUGAAAAUUUGCCCUUGGUUGGCAUACCCAGUAUAACACUCCUAUGCAUGCUUUAAAUAGUAGUACAUGGUGACAAUGAUGCAUUUUACCUAACAGAUAUGGUACAGGAUUUGGUCUGGUUGAGCCAUUGUUUGGUAAAGACUCUGUAUUCAAUAUCCCAAACAGUAUUUAUGGCAUUGCUUUCUAUAUCUUUGUUUUUAUCCUUGGUAAGUUAAAGUUUGUCUUCGCUCUCCCCUUGAAUGUAAAAUCGUCUGGCAUUAGAGUAAAAUAAUAAAUUAAAGUAGGGUGCAUUGCAAUGCAAGUACGCAACUUAACCCAUUAAGCACCAGCACUCUCCCUUUGAUGAGUAAAAUUAUCUAGUGUUAGACAGUAAAAUAGUCUGGCAUUAGACAGAAUAAAAUAAGAAGUAGGGCACAUUGGGGUGCAAUGCAACUUAAUGGGGACUGUAAAGUUGUGGCUUUGAAAUAAAUUCUCAAAUUGUAAAAAACUGCAAAUAAUUUCUGAACAAUCUGCACAAAGUCAAAGGCCUUUGUGAACCAAGGUUUCUGAUCUUCCUUACAUGAAUUAUAGGUUUCUUUGAUGGAAAGGUAGUUGCUUGGAUUUCCAUGGUAUCUUGUGUUCUUUCCUGUGUUGGUUGCGUCUACUUGGCUUACAUAUUGUACUAUAUACUAGAAGAUUUUUGCGUCGUUUGCGUGUCCACCUAUGCUGUGAAUGCCUUACUCUUGAUUUUGAGCAUAUAUCAUCUGGUACAACUACCGGCAACAGGGAAAGCACAUGGCGACUGAGACAAAUGACCUAUACACUGGGUUUAUAAAAAAACUACACAGUUCUAAAAUGUCCACUAAAUGCAAAUUCUCCCAAAAUUUUUGACAAUUUUAUGUUAGUAUGGAUAGUUUGGGGUUAGUACGAGUAAAAUUACAAUUAUUUUAGUACGAGUAAAAUUACUCAGAGAAAUGGCUUGCACACAAAAAUUUCAAUUAGGGUGCAAUUUUAGAAGGUAUUUUACAUUAAGUCCAAUGCACAACCUCUAAAACUAAGACUUUUUUGCCACAGUAGGUAGCUUUUCAUGACAUAUGUUUUAAUUUUUUUGGUAAAACCUAUGUCAGUAACAAAUCAAUCAUGCAUAAAACCAGUCUGAAUAAUACGAUAAAUUAUUGGAGUUUUAGAGGUCGCACAUAGGACUUAUACAUCGAAUUGCCUGGUACUUUGAUAGUUCACAAAACACCUUCCGAAUUUGCACCCUACGAAUUCAAAUUGUGCUUUAUACCUUGCAUUUUUAUGCACAAGUCAUCUUCAAAGUGGUUUAAUGGAAAACAGCCCUGCCGUACUGUACGUUUCAGAAGACCCCAAACUAAGGUGUCACAAAUUUUGCAGAAUUUUCAAUUCAGUGGACAUUUUAAAACUGCACUUUUUUGAUACACCCUGUAUAGCAAUUGUUUUUCAUUCUGUAACUCUAAGCAACAGUACAUACAUUGACACAUUGUACAGGCUAUUUAAAUACCAUAGAUAUCUAUGUCUGACCAUAACCUAAAUAGCGUAAAUUAAAAAACUAAAAAUAAAAAAUAAUUGUUCAACAUGUUCAUUUAAUAUUUUACAUCCUAGCUAGAAUAGUCCCAUUCUAAAUUGGUGAUAAAAUUAUUUGCGAGUACAGUGAAAAUCCACGUAAAGAACCAAUGGGUUAAGAACAACCAGUUAUGCACCCAGAAUAUACAAGAACCAAUCAGGCUGACAAAUGAGACUGGUUCUUAAAAACUUGCAUGUUCUAAGGGCUGAUUUAAUACCGUUGCAAAUGCAAAAACAUAAUCUAGUGUUGUUUGGUACUGAAUGAGGAUACAUUAAAUUUUAUCAAAUUCGGAGGGUUUUAAAAGUUAUUAUCAGUUUCUCCCUAAGUCUAAGUAGCUAUUGUAUAACAACCACUUCAGUCUGACACAUAUAAAAAUAGUGGUUCUUUUAUCGGUGGGUUUUUACUGUAGCGUGUCGAGUGCUUUUUUCGUGACCAGCACGGUGCAAGGUUUAAUAUAUCGGCUAAUAGUAGUUUUGAAUGCCAGGCAUUUGUUUCGUUGGAGUUGUUGGUUCUUCGUUCAAGAGUCGUCCGUUUCUUGUUCGCGUGCGGCCGCUAUCUUGUCAAAACAACGUGAAACGACCGACGUCCAACCAGUUUGGUGACU